UUUUGAGAGGAAAUCCUGGGAUGUGCUCAUCCCUGAGCACUUUUCCAAUGUUGUUACUGGCCGGCAUCUGUCCGAAUCAUUGCCGCCUCACGUCCCUUUGCUCCGCAGACAAGAUUGCGCAGGGGAGCUGUCUGACAGGAGCGAGCCGCUCUCUCUGGCCCUGGGUUAUUUAUCCUGAAUCGCAACCGUCGCUCCCGAGUUCGGGAGGAAAGCAGACAGGCAGCAGAGGUGGGAGGUAAAGACAACAGACUUCGGAGUGAGCAGGCCCUUUUCAUGCUGUGAAUUCACUGGAAAGAAGGACAGAAUUCCAGUCUGAGGAGUCCGAACCAGAAGUUAAAACUGAAUAAGACAGAGAAAUAAGACAACAAUUCUUAAUGACUUUUUAGUGCCAUUUCUACAGCUCCUCCAAGAACAAGCCUCCCUGAUCCCACUUCUGCAGAGAGCCCUGGAGUCCGGACCACAGAUGCAGCUGUUAGGCCACAAAGUACUACGUGGGGGAAGCCAGGGGCAGUUCGUCCUGUGCUCUCUGGUGAUGCUCCUCGCUGCUCAGGCUCUGGCUCUGCAGUCUGGCAUCAACCUGCGCCGCUUCAUCGGAUGUGCCGUGCGGGAGUUCACCUUCCUGGCCCGGAAACCAGGCUGUGGGACGCUGCACAUCACUACGGAUGCCUGCUGGGGGCGCUGUGAGACCUGGGAGAAGCCUGUCCUGGACCCCCCGUAUGUCGAGUCCUACCAGCGAGUGUGCACCUACAACGAAACCAAGCUGGAGACGGUGAAACUGCCCAACUGCUCCUCCGGUGUCGACCCUUACUACACUUAUCCUGUGGCUGUCAGGUGUGACUGUGGGGUGUGCCACACUAGCACCACCGAGUGCGUCUCCUCUGUCUAACCAGCAUAGAGCCAGUGGGCACAAGGAUCGUCUCCAAAACUCACAGCAUUGCUUAUUGUCAAACUUUAACUCACCUACUGCAGGUAUGGCACCACUGCUAUCUUCUUGCUAGGGAUGCUAAGCACUGAAACACUGGCAGAUGGGGCACAAAACCGAAUUCUAACUCCCCAUUCAACUCCUUAAUCCUCGGGCAGCAGUGCGGAGCUUUUGGUCAGGGUUCUGGACCUGGGACUUGAAGGCUGUGGGCUCAAAGCCCCGGUUGAGGCAAGGUACUCACCUGACCUUCUCCUGUAAAAUAACCAGCUGUUUAAAUGGAUGCCACUUUAAGUUAAGUUGGGUAAAAGUGUCAGCCAAAUCAAUCAGUAAUAAUUCUAUUUGCAGUAUUUUAAAUUUUGUCGCAAAGGCUUCUGAGGUGCAGAGCAUCUCCAGCAGAUGUGGGAAUGUGCCUGAGCUCAGUGAACUGAAGCAGUGCUAGAAGGGCCUCUUUGCCAGCCAACAUCUCAAGCUUUCUUUCUUUCAUUCGUUCAAACAGUAUAUAACAUUUUUUUCUGUUUUCAACAAUCAUAUACAACAAACCACGUUUCCGAGUUUUUUUUUGCUUUCUUUCUUUAUGCCCCACUUGGUCACAAAAACACAUCACCUAUCUAUCACUGCAUUCUUGGGAGAAACACCAACCUGCAGUUUUCAUAGGUCGUCCUUAUCGCCAGUGCAUCCAUCAGAGAAUUUGAAAGAAGUCAGGUUUCAAAUUUAACAGCUAAUUUGCUCAUUUGUUCAUUUUGUUCAAGCCAGCAGUCGUCAGCUUUGCUCCAGGGAUGCUAAACUGCAGGUACAUUAUUGAACUGAGCUGACUCCCUGCUACAGUAGUUUAAACCAGGUUGUUCCUGACCUUUAGAUAUGGAUCAUUUGAAAACCUAUUACCGUGUGGUCACCAGUGUUAGUAGUGAAAAAAAUCACCAACAUGAAAUGUUAUAAAUGCACAACAAGCCUUUAAUACUAAAUUGCCUAUGAAUAAAACAUUUCUAUAUGAAAACAAUCUGGAUUUGUUAUUAAUCAUCAGCCCAUAGUAGUUAUCACCAGGUAUUUACAAUCUGUUUUUUAAUACAGGUUCUAAAGAAUAUGUAAAUGUUUUUUACAACCUCUAAUCUGGACUAUUAUUGAAGAAUGUGUCUUAGUGACAGACUGUACUUCGUGGUUAUGGGAUCUUAUUACAUAUUAAAAAUGUCUUUUUUGUUAUCUUUUGUUACCUAUUGCUCUGUUCCUCAUAAAUGCAGAACAUAACAUCCACUUUCACCUGUUAAUG